AUGGUGAUUCUAGAUCUGAGUAGAUCAACAUAUCCUCCAUUAUCUAAUGGAGAUCGGCACCACCAUUCGAAAAUUGCCGGAGAAUCACCCAUGACAAUGACAACCAAACCCAUUUCCAUACUGGAUCGGUCGGGGCCCAGGAUAAAAACGGCCGCACCGUCACUUGAUGCUCACAGGGGUGGCGGUGUUAAGUGGACUACUGAUGGGCAAACUGAGAAAGAACAACAAAUGGCGAAAAAGAACAUAUGCAUUGGCACUUGGAACGUAAGAUCACUAAAAGAUGAGGGAAAACUAGAAGUGUUGGUAAAUGAGAUCUCUACCAUCUCUUGGAAUGUUGUGGGAGUUUCAGAACUUAGAUGGACUGGCAUUGGAGAAACGAGCACAGAUGAUGGACACAAUUUGUGGUACAGCGGUGCCGAGAAAAAACAUGUAAGAGGCGUAGGAGUGCUGGUUGAAAAAGAGACAGCAAAGUCAGUGAUCGAAUAUACACCUGUAUCUGACAGAAUAAUUGCAAUUAGACUAAAAGGAAAGCCCCGCAAUAUGACAAUCAUUCAGAUAUAUGCACCAUCAUCAGACAGCGAGGACGAAGAGAUUGAACGGUUCUACCAAGAUCUAGAGCAAACGACCAAAGAGAAAGAUAUUCUUGUAAUACAAGGGGAUUGGAAUGCUAAGAUCGGAUAUAAGGAAAGCACUGGAUGGGAAAGAACUAUUGGAGAUUUUGGAGUAGGAACAAGAAAUGAAAGAGGUAUAAUGCUACUAGAAUUUGCCAAAAGACAUCACUUAGUUGUGGCUAAUACUCUCCAUAAUCAUAAACUAUCGAGAAGAACAACGUGGCAUUCACCAGAUGGAGUCACACAUAAUCAAAUAGAUUAUAUUCUUGUGGACAGAAGAUUCCAAACUGGAAUAAACAGACCCAAAACGAGAACUUAA